GCUAGAAAAAUCAGACUAUAAUUCUGAACAAAUCCUCAAAUGAAAUUGAUUUCGAUUGGAAAAAACUAAGUGGUUUUUUUAUUCUAUUAAAUAUGGAAACCAAGCAGCCGUUGAAAGAGAGCUCCACAAACCAAGUGGACGAGACUUCAGACGAAUGGAGUCUUGACAAUUUUGAAAUCGGAAGGCCACUUGGCAAAGGGAAAUUUGGAAAUGUGUACUUGGCCAGAGAAAUUAAGACCAAGUUCAUUGUAGCACUGAAAGUUUUGUUUAAGUCACAACUACAAAAGUGCCAUAUGGAACAUCAGUUGAGACGUGAAAUAGAGAUUCAGUCACAUUUGCGGCACCCCAAUGUUCUACAUAUGUAUGGAUAUUUCUAUGAUGAAACACGCAUAUAUCUCAUAUUGGAAUUCGCCGCGAAUGGAGAGAUGUAUAAGUUCUUAAAGCGCCAACCUCACGGUCGAUUUUCUGAACCACAAACGGCGAAUUACAUGGCUCAGUUGGCAGACGCUUUGAUGUACUGUCACGCACAAAAAGUUAUCCAUCGGGACAUCAAACCAGAAAAUCUUCUAUUGGGAAUUCAUGGAGAAAUUAAAAUCGCUGAUUUCGGUUGGUCUGUGCAUGCACCUUCGUCAAGACGUACAACCAUGUGCGGGACACUAGAUUAUCUAGCCCCCGAAAUGGUAGAAGGGCGUUCUCACGAUGAACACGUAGAUUUGUGGACUCUUGGUAUCCUGUGUUACGAAUUCUUGGUUGGCUCACCACCUUUUGAAGAGGAAAAACAAGAUCUUACUUACCGCCGUAUUUGCAAAGUUGACAUACGAUUUCCGGCCCAUCUUUCUGUGGGAGCGAAAGAUUUAAUUGCUAAAUUACUCAGACCAAAAGCAGAAGAUCGAAUCCCUCUUAAGAAGUUACUGGAACAUCCGUGGAUUGUAAUGCAUCUUUCAGAAGAAGUGCGGUCGAGAUUACCAUCCUUCCAAAAAGUGAAACCUGAGAAAGCAUAGCACAUAUGUCUUUCUUUUAUAUUCUGUGUUGACAACCACCUUUCUUAUAAAAUACCUAAUUCUUAAAUUUUCCUUAUCAAUCUCGCAAAAUAAAUGUUUAAACUU